AUGCCAUCCAUUUUAUUUUCAACUUCAUGUUCUAUCAAAACGGAACGAUUUCGUCUCUCUAUUUGUAUUGAUGAUGAUUUUAAAGAACUUUUCAUAGGUACUAACGAUAGUACACUAUUGAGUGCCAAUGUUUGUGGAGCAGUAUCGAGUACGAUUAAUAUUGCACAUUUGAUUCGACUUCAGUUUGAAUUAUUGAGUGAAAAAAAGAUAAAUGCUACGACUAUUGAUAAUGAUAAUAUACCACGAACAAUUCUUCUCAAUAAUUUACUUAAUAUUAAACCGCUUACAAAAUCAUCGAACGAAUCAAAUUCUUCCACAUUUUAUCUUCCACGAUUUUCUUCUGAAAAAAUCAUUCAAAAUUAUGAUUUAAUUUCAUUCGAACCGAUUCCAAUAGUUCUCAGUUAUGUUCACAUUUCUGAAUCGUUCAUUUGGACAGUAAAACGAUUACAACUCGACAUGGAUUUCGAAGCUGCUCAUCAAUUAUGUGUAAUAUUAACUGAAUACUUGUUCACAUUAAAACAUCGACCUCGACGUCUUUUAGUAUUUGUCAAUCCUGGAUGUGGUAAAGGCAAAGGAUCCUCUGUAUACGAGAAAAAUGUAUUACCUUUAUUUGAAGAAGCCAAUAUAAAUGUAAAAACGAUCUAUACAAAACAUGCCAAUCAUGCACGAGAAUAUAUUAAUGAACAAUCACUUGAUAAUUAUGAUGGUCUUGUAUCUGUAGGCGGCGAUGGAAUGUUUUCAGAAUUGUGUCAUGGUCUUCUACUCAAAACCGUACAACAAGCUAAACUCGAUAUAAAUAAUCCAAAUGUCAAUCUGAUACGACCUAAUUUACGUAUUGGUGUUAUUCCGGCUGGAUCUACAGAUGCAAUCGUUUUUAGUACUACUGGUCACAAUGAUCCCAUUACAAGUACUUUACAAAUUAUCGUUGGUGAAUCUGUUCUCAUUGAUAUAAAUACAGUGCACAGUGAACGUUGCUUUGUACAUUUAAUGGCAACAAUGGUUUCCUAUGGCUUUUUUGGUAAUCUUAUUCAACAAUCCGAUAAUUGGCGAGCUUUUGGUCCAUUUCGUUAUGAUAUGGCUGGUUUUUAUGAAUUUUUUCGUAACAAUUCAUACGAGACAGAAUUGACUAUUACUCAACCAGUUGAAAACUGUAGUCCAGAAAUACUGAUUGAUAGUAUUGAUCGACAUUUAUUUGACAAUUCUGCAAAACGACAAGAUAAUCAAAAUUCUUUAGAAAAUCAAACAAUCAAUGCUAUUCAAUCACCUACAUCAUUGCCGAUCAAAUGUAAAGGUCAAUAUAGAGCAAUCAAUUGUCUUAACAUUCCAGGUCGUUGUAAAAAAAGCAAAUAUGGAAUGUCUCCAUCUGUUCAAAUAGGUGAUGGAUCAUUCGAUGUUAUUCUAGUGAAAAGUUCAUGGCAUUUGGAUUUUUAUCGAUUUCUUCGUCAUGUAGCCGAUGAUGGUCGAACAAUCGAUGAGUUAUCAAAUGUUGAACGCUAUCGUGCUACUGAAGUUAUUAUCCGUCCAAUUGUUACUUCACAAACUAGAUUAAGUAAUUGGGCAUGUGAUGGAGAAGCGUUUAUUGCUAAUGAACAUUGCCCAUUGUGUAAUGGUAAACUUCAUGAUAAUGCUAUUAGUUCUGAAUAUGUUAUGAAUUUACUUCGAACAAGCAUGGACAAACUUAAAUUAUAUUGUCUGCCAACAGCAUUGAAUAAUAUCCAUAUAGAAAAUAAUCAACUACCAUUUGCCCAUGGUGCUUUUUGCAAUAUACUUAAAGUACAGAAUUAUGCUAUCAAAUGCCCUCGUGUUCCAGCUGUGACUGGUUCUGAUAUAGAAAAUGCUAUUAUUCAUGAAAUAUUUCUGUCUCGACCGUUAAGUCAUAUGCCGAAUAUUCUAAUUGUAUAUGGAGGUAUUCGAUUACCAAAUUAUGGUAUUUCUAUUGUUACGGAAUUCAUUGAUGGUUCGAGUCUUGCAACGGCACUGAUUAAUGACAAAAUUCUGAAUUUGACAUUCGAAGAACGUUUAGACAUUGCACUUGGAAUUUGUAAAGGACUUGGAGAAUUGCAUCUAGCUGGAAUUGUUCAUAGAGAUUUUAAGCCUGCAAAUGUUCUUCUUCAAGUAAAUUCUACUGGACAAGGUUACAUACCAAAAAUAGCUGAUUUUGGAGUGAGUUUUCUUAUUCAAACAGCAUCGGCUACAGCUGUUCAAAAAUCAGGCGGUACGGUUGGAUAUGAUGCACUGGAAGUGGCUAAUGGAAAUACUCCAUCAUUUCAAUCCGAUAUUUAUGCUCUUUCGUUUACACUCUACGAAUUAUUGACAGUUCAACAUCCAUUUGCCGGUCUAAAAGAUACGCAAAUAAUAAUGAAAUUCACAAUAAAAGGUGAACGUCCCAAAGAUUGGCGUGUUUAUACUGUUCAUCCGACAGUAACAGUGAUGCCAGAUAUUUUAAAAAACAUUAUUGAAAAAGGCUGGUCACCGGAACCUGAAAAUCGCGCGACUAUUGGUGAAAUUAUCUGUGCUAUCAGAAAAACGAUUAAUUCUAAUUAUAAGACCUGCGUGCAAACGUUAUGGGAACAUUCAAAUUGUGCUACCCAAAAUUCAUCAUACGAUUUCAUCAACGAUUACGACACCUUUGAAUUGUUAGCAAUACAAGAAAUCAUAAAAAGAUUAGUAAUUGAAGAUAGUGAAGCUGUUCAACUCUUAUUAAAUAACUACGCCUGGGGUUGA